UACCGACCAGAGGAGCUUUAGCAUCAUUUCCAGCAUAACGAAUUGUUCAUGCAAUUUCUGCUGCGCAAAUUCACGCGUUGUCGCGCAAUACUCUCUGUUUUCUAUUACCAUUCGCCUUUCACGUCUGCGAAUACCUGUUGUCAGAACCAGCCAAUCGCUCCGUCGCUUUACUUCGCAAACGUUGGUGAAUCUGUUCCCCGGUCGACUCUCGCAGGAUCUGAAAGGGACAUGUCCUUGACCAGCUAAAUGGCCAACAUGUCCCCUCUCAGAGGCUACAUUACUUGCUAUCCGCCGCGUAUACGCCAGUAUGGGAACGCCCUACUCACCCCCGUCAUCACUCCAAGUCAGGUCGGUCAAGCGCCGCGGACCAAGCGAGGGACUGCGGCUGUCAAUUAUGCGGAGGACGGCUUCGAUGAUGACGAUUUUGAGGACAGUGAAGGCCCUCGACGACCUACAGGCUUGAGGAGUCUCCGACGAGAGGAUUCGACUCUCGACAAGAUCCCUUUGACCGAAAAACUGGGGAAAGAGAUACAUGCUCCCGUGGAGGUUCAAGGGGUAUUUCGUGAUUGGAUGAUCAAGCGCAUGUUGCGACCAGCCUGUGCCGAUCAGUUGCAAAUACAAGCGCAGCUCCCUCUCACAUUGAUACCUAUUCGAAUUGACCUGGAAGUCCCUGCGCAUCAGCCUCUCGAAGCGUUCCCUCAGCCGCGAACCAUGCUCGAUCCUGGAAUCGCCUCUACCUUACCUGCAUAUAGAAAGCAGGACCCGUUGCCGGCCUACCGAAUCAAGGAUACAUUUCUUUGGAACCUCCAUGAGGCUCUCGCAACCCCUGAAGAAUUCGCGAUCGGCUUUGUUCGCGACAUGGACUUGCCCAACCCACAGGCGAUGACGAUGGCCAUCAGCAACCAAAUACGCCAACAAUUAGAAGAGUACGCCGGUGUUGCACUACAUCCUUUGUUUCAGAGUGUGCAAAGUAAACCACCUGCUUUGCCGUCAGCUAUUUCGAGAGAUAUGUCUGCUACGCCCGCUUCAACCCAUGCUGCUACGCCUGACAGCAGAGCCAACCAGGUGACAGUAUCGAAGGAACCACUGAUUAACGACAGUCUCUUAAAUCCCGAUGAUGCAUACAGGUGCAUGAUUAAUCUAAACAUCAAUUUGCAGAACAAACUGUACACAGACAAAUUCGAAUGGUCACUGCUACAUCCUCCCGGCAUGGCGGAGGAAUUCGCUCGAAUCACAUGCGCGGAUCUAGGCCUGGGUGGAGAAUGGGUGGGAACCAUUGCGCAUGGCAUUUACGAAGCAGUACUCAAGCUGAAGAAAGAAGUGUGUGAAAGUGGUGGGUUGAUUAGCGGUAUGGGAGGCUAUGGAAACGAGAUUGACAAUCAAGCGGCCAAUGGGGCUGAUGCAGGCUGGCGAUAUGACCCUGAAGGGCUGGGUGAUGAAUGGGAACCAAAGGUGGAAACACUGUCGAAGGAGGAAAUCGAAAAGCGCGAAGGCGACCGUGAACGACAAAUCAGACGUCUUCGGCGAGAGACUGCUAGAUUUUCUUCAACAGCCGGCAUCACACCGGAAGCUUCUCGACAAGGAAGUGGCUACUUCGAUGUCGAUAGCGAAACUCCCUUGGGCAGAGGCGAGAGAAGCAAGCGCAAGAGGCGAUUCCGUAGUUUGAGUCCGCUUGGCAGGGGUGGAACGCCUGGCGGUCGAGGCACGCCAGAUACUGGGUCUGGUGCAGGUUAUGGAGGAGGUGGCGGGACUCUUUCGGACUGGGAGCGACAAAAUUGGCGAUGCACGAACUGCUUAGUAUGGGGUACCGCAGUCUGGGCUGUACGAGACGGACCGACGGGCCCAAGGACGCUCUGCCACAACUGUGGUCUACUGUAUGAACGGGAUAAGAUCGCGCCGGAAUGGUCAAGAGACCUGCACCGUCAUGAUAUGCCAAUAGGCCGGUAGAACCUCUGGAAUGCAGCUGGUCACCCCUCUGUUGUUCAUUCACCUCCAGGCGUUUUUGCGUCUUCGUGGCUGGUUUCAGUAUCAGUGGACUUCAGCCGCCUCGAGUACCUUCAGGCAGCAUUGAUAGUCUUUCGACCUGUCUAUCAGGAUCAGCUUUCCCACGAUUUUCGCACCCUGGCUGCUUUC